AUGCCUGGGCAGCAGCAGCACCCCGGGGGCGGCGGCCACCACGACCCCCACUCGGACGAGGACACGCCGACCUCGGACGACCUGGAGCAGUUCGCCAAGCAGUUCAAGCAGCGCCGGAUCAAACUGGGAUUUACCCAAGCGGACGUGGGCUUGGCCCUGGGCACCCUGUACGGGAACGUCUUCUCGCAGACCACCAUCUGCAGGUUCGAGGCCCUACAGCUCAGCUUCAAGAACAUGUGCAAGCUCAAGCCUUUGUUGAACAAGUGGUUGGAGGAGGCGGACUCGUCCUCGGGUAGCCCCACCAGCAUAGACAAGAUCGCAGCCCAGGGGCGCAAGCGGAAAAAGCGAACCUCCAUCGAGGUGAGCGUCAAGGGCGCCCUGGAGAGCCACUUCCUCAAGUGCCCCAAGCCCUCUGCCCAGGAGAUCACCUCGCUGGCGGACAGCCUACAGCUGGAGAAAGAGGUGGUGCGAGUGUGGUUUUGUAACAGGAGACAGAAAGAGAAACGCAUGACUCCCCCGGGAGGGACUCUACCCGGAGCCGAGGAUGUAUAUGGGGCAAGUAGGGACACUCCACCACACCACGGGGUGCAGACGCCUGUGCAGUGAACUCACAUAGGGGUUGGCAGGGGGAACUGUUCUCCCUUUCCUACCCCUCCUCCAACUUUUGAUUGUUCUUUAUUUUUUUAAGUUCUCUCCUAUCUUAAAAAAAAAGUACAGAAAAAAACUGCACUGGACUAUCCCGUAAACGGUAGCAGGUGAAAUGUGUUUUGAUCUUUACAGGCGAGUGCCCCUGCAAUGGAGUGGAGUGAGUAUCAUACACAAACAGACACGAGACAGACAGAUACACACGCACAGUGUCAGGCACCGAGAGAAAUAUUUCGCAAAAAAAAAUUAAAUUAAUUCCGAAAACAGAAUGGAAUCGACUCUGAGCCCUGCUAAACACAAAGGCAGCUUUAAUCUUGGAACGAUGCUCAGAAUAGGCACAUGCUGCUGUUGUUUCUUUUAGGUGGCUCCCCAUUAGGAAUCAAAAAAAGCCCCUUUUGAUGUAGACAGUAUUUAACCGUUUGAAUUUGCACUGCAAGAAAAUUGAAGUUUACAUUAACAAAUACAUUUUCUUUUGCCUACAUUGAUUUUGAAAAUGACUUGCAUUUCCCACGGUGAGCGUUAGGCAAGCAUUGACCAGUCUACAAAAUGUUCCUUGCUUUCUUUAUGUGUAUAUGUGAACUUUUGUUAUAAACAAGUCUUCUUACAGAUGUGUAAUGUUGAUUUUCUCCUUUUACCAUAGCCUAUAGAUGUAUAUUUAAUAUAAACGCAAACAACUUCCACUUCCGAGAUAUCUGACUCUCACAAACGAUUAAGACGUGGUGCCUUCGGAGGCAAGAGUCCGGUUUGGAGGAGAAUAAUGAAAAACAAUAACGUAAACUUCAUUUUCAGGCAGUGUUUUAGGCUUGGGAACAGUAAAGGAAAACAUAAUAGUGUCUGAUUGCUUCAUUCUAGCGAGGAAGGCCCCCUGUGAAAGAGCUCGGAGGAAAUGAUGUGGGGGUUAACAUGUAUGUCCAGAGUUUUCCAACAGAAAGAAAGUGGCACUUUGAAGAGGACCGGCAAGAGGGAAUAUUUAGCUUCGGAUGCCCCAUAGGCAAAGUUCCCUUGUGUGCUUUUAGAAUUCCUAAUGACAUCGCGUUGCAAUAUUGUGUGCUGAUGUCAGCCUCUAAACUUUGUUUUAUUGAGCAAUUUCAACACAGAGAUAUAAACAGAAAGAGAACUUGAUACAUAUAUACAUAUAUAUUUAUAUAUAUGUGAGUUCUCCUUCUGUUUAUAGUUAUGUAUGGUAUUGCCUGCAUAUGUCUAGUGCAUUUAUUUUUCUUCGCUUUUUAUAUUUAUUUUUCCGCUCAUAUAGAAAAAGCUCAUGCCCUUUUGCUCAACUCGCGCUUAAUUUAUUGCACAAAAGGACUAAUUUAAGUUGGACAACCUUGUCUUUUUCACUGGGGAAACCAAAUAAAUUGGAAAACUGCCAUUUUCAACCCCUCUUCUUUUCUCCUUCGUGGAUAGAUUGAAAGUGCAUUUCUUGACAUUAACUUGACGGGAGACGGUCCACUUUCCAAAAACACAAACACAAAAGGAUAUAAAGGGGAGCAUACGAGAGGAAACUUGGAGCAGUGUAUGUGUGUAUGAGAUGGGGAGGGACUUUAAACUGUGUUAACUACAAAUUAACAAAUGAUCUAGUCGGCACAAAAGGGCGCUGCGAUAAAAAAAAA